AUGGUCUACUACACCUAUGUUACCUACGAGAGCCCGUUGGACGGAGGCUAUGGCGAAUACUUCAACUGGGUCAUGGUCACUCCCGACCAAAACACCGCAGAUACCUAUUAUCGGGCCCUUCAACGAGUGAAGUCUGUCACGCAAUCCGAUAACAACGGCACACCGGGAGCCAAGGUCGAUAUCACCUCGGUGGACCGCCCAGGUGCCCAAUUCUGGACAUACGAUGGUGCCAGCGGCGAGAAUUUCCACCUUGCCGCCCGAGCCCUGUCAGGAAACCCAAAGAUGAAGUCGGUGAACCCCGAAUUCACUGAUGUCUUCGGAAAGAUCCGAGUCUAUUGGGUUGGAGCGUAUGCCGAUGGGCGAUUCCGCACGUUCACCCCCCAGGGAGCUGGUGCAAAUGGUAGCGACACACUCUCCGGGAGCAGUUUCUUUGUGAAAAGACACGGUUUCGAUCAGUACUGGUAUCUGGCGGGUGGCAAUGUGGUUGUUGAUUCUACCAGGCGGUCGAGAUUCAUCUUUACGAUUCAGCGGAAGCAUGAUGAGGUGAAGUUCCCGAAGAUGCCGCUUGUUGAUUCUGAUCAUGUCAAGAUUGAGGUUCUGCAGGAUGGAAUCCGGGUGCCCAUUGCUUUGUCGGGUGAUAAUGCGCUCGUUGCUGGGGUUGGAUUCAAAGAACAUAAGUUUACUUUCCGCGAUCUUAAGACCCGGCUCGGUCUUGUGCCGGGAACGGUGCAGCAAGGUCAAUCCUCGCACGACGCGCAAUUUGUCGUGUGGACUUCUACCACUGGGCUGGGAUCUGCUGAUUCAUUUGAGAUUGUGGAUGGUGUUGAGGUUGAUGAGGCUGAAGAGUGA